CGACUGGAUAAGAGAAAAAAAUAGAGCUGGGGAUCUGUUUUAUAACCAGAAAGAUCCGAGUUAGUGUUAGAACUCAAGUCAGGAUCUGACACCUUGUACAUUGGACGGUUUUCCUAUCACAUAAAGUGAUGGGAUUAAUUCAUAUAUGACUUUACUUCCACAGAUAGUAAUUAGUCUGUGUGGACAUUGUGGUGUUUUUAAGAACACAAAACGUCACAUCUCGUCGUUUCUAAAACAACUGUAACCUCACCUUCUUUACAUCUAGUGUUAACCACCAGCAGUUCGUUUUCUCGGCUGAUAUCGUCGUGCAAACUUUACUACUCGGCGAGCCAGCUAAACAGACAUGGCAUAUCUUCUCUCUUUUCAACUGCAGACAACACUGAAGCCCCUGACACUGAGGACUACUUCUGCAUGGUCGGCGAUAACUGCAUAUCAUCGACCAUACAGCAGUAAAUAUGAAGGAUCUGAAUAUUUGCACAGAAGUAUUGUUCCGAGUAUGCACUAUCAGAAAAGCUUACCGAGAUUGCCAGUUCCGAAGCUGGAGGACACAAUACGGAGAUAUUUGGCAGCUCAGAAACCCCUGUUAAAUGAAGAACAGUACAGUAAAACAGAGAAACUGGCGCAUGAAUUCCAGAAUGGCAUUGGCAAGCAGUUACAUGAGGAGCUUGUGGCUCAGGACAAAAUGAACAAGCACACCAGCUAUAUUUCAGGUCCGUGGUUUGACAUGUACCUAUCUGCACGCGAGUCUGUGGUCUUGAACUUUAAUCCUUUUAUGUCAUUCAACCCUGACCCCAAACCUGAGUAUAAUAACCAGCUUCUUCGGUCUGCUAACAUGGUGUGUUCUGCGGUUCGGUUUAUGAAGACCCUACGUGCUGGUCUCCUUGAACCAGAGGUGUUCCACCUAAACCCUGCCAAGAGCAACACUGAUACCUUCAAGAAGUUCAUCCGAUGGGUGCCCUCCUCUAUCUCAUGGUUUGGAGCCUAUAUGGUGAAUGCCUAUCCCCUGGAUAUGUCUCAGUACUUCCGUCUCUUCAACUCUACACGGAUCCCCAGACCCAAGCGGGAUGAGCUCUUCACAGACCAGAAAGGUCGCCAUGUGCUUGUCAUGAGAAGAGGAAAUAUGUAUACAUUUGAUGCAGUGGAUAGGGAUGGUAAUCUAGUGAAACCCACAGAAAUCCUUUCACACCUCAAAUACAUCCUUGCAGACACAAAACCAGCUCCUGCUUUUCCUCUGGGUGUUCUGACGAGCGAGAACAGGGACGUAUGGGCUGCACUAAGAGAGAAGCUUCUACAGGCAGGGAAUGGUGAGGCUCUGGGUUUAGUGGACAGUGCUCUGUUCUGCCUGUGUCUUGAUGAGGAGGAAAUGUGUGAUCAUGUACACAUCUCCCACAAUAUGCUUCAUGGGGACGGCUGCAACCGAUGGUAUGACAAGUCAUUUAGUAUCAUCCUGGCCAAAGAUGGACAAGCAGCCAUUAAUUUUGAACACUCUUGGGGUGAUGGUGUUGCUGUCCUCCGAUUCCAAAAUGAAGUAUUCAAAGACACCACAGAGACACCACAGAUGAAUCCUGGCACCCAACCUGCUGCUGUAGAUUCAGCUUCUGCUGUCCAGAGGAUAGAAUUCAAGCUAAAUCCUGAACUAGAACAAGGAAUAAGAAAAGCCAAAGAGAACUUCCAGGCUGCUGUCUCGAAGCUUACCAUUGAUGCCAUGGAGUUCAAGCAAGGGGGGAAAGAGCAGCUGAAGAAGAAGAAGCUCAGCCCUGAUGCCAUUGCACAGCUGGCUUUCCAGAUGGGAUUCCUGCGGCAGUAUGGGCAGACCGUAGCUACAUACGAGUCCUGCAGCACUGCAGCUUUCAAACAUGGCCGCACAGAGACCAUCCGGCCUGCCAGUAUAUACACACAGCGCUGUGCCAAAGCCUUUGUUCAACAGCCUGGUCAGCAUAGUGUGAAGCAGCUCAUAGUUUUGUUGGAUGCCUGCUCCAAAUACCAUGGGCAGCUCACAAAGGAGGCAGCCAUGGGACAAGGAUUUGACCGGCAUCUUUUUGCCUUACGUUACCUGGUAAAUUCUAAAGGAAUGCCUAUGCCGAGUUUGUACCAGGAUCCAGCUUAUGUAGCCAUAAACCACAACAUCCUGUCCACCAGCACACUCACUAGCCCUGCUGUCAGUUUGGGUGGCUUUGCCCCGGUGGUCCCAGAUGGCUUUGGAGUGGGCUAUGGCAUCCAUGACGACUGGAUCGGUUGCAACGUUUCCAGCUACCCCGCCAGGAACGUACAUGAAUUUCUCAGAUGUGUUCAGAAGUCUCUGGAGGACAUAUUUACGGUUCUUGAAGGAAAGCCAAUACAAUCCAGCUAAGUAUACAAGAAUAAUGAUGGGUUUUGAGGAAUCAUGAAAAUGACUCAUGUAGAGUGCUCAGAGGUUAAUGUUUUCAUCAACAUAUAGUUCUUUGUCUGCAGUUAUUGGAGUAGAUCAGCUCCUCUGGACUUUCAGUUCUGCCAAAUAAUCUAUUAAUAAUUUCUGCAGAGUUUUACAGGACAAAUGAAUGUUCAAUGUUCAUUUUGGGAUGUGUACACUAUCUAAAUCUGUAGCUGUAAAUGAAAUGAUUUCAGUGUUUUUGUGACUGGUGCAUCCAAAAAUGCUUGAUUUUGCUGUAGCUGUUUUCAAAAUCUGCUAAACAAUUUGCAGUUUUUUCUUAUUUUUUGCAGAAAACUACUUGAAUUGGCAAAAUUGCAACUGCACAAAAUUGUUUUACACGGUCUUUUGCAGUGAUGGUUGUUUGUAAAUGAGCCCUUUUAGCUGUACUCAAGGUCUACGAACGUGAAUAGAAGGCUUUGGGUGAAUGCAUGUUGUCACAUAACACAUCUUGGCCCAAAUCUGCAGUAAUUUAAGUUGCAAGCUCCCGCGAAUAUUGUAGUUUCCUUGAUUGUGUUCAUUUCUGCGAUCGCAAAAUCCUGGAGGGAUUGACAAGAAUCCCAACUAAUUAAGUUCAUUAUUUAAAAUAUCAUUCUAUACAGUACAUGUGCAAAGUUUUGAUUUGCUUCAAGUCCCUCAACGUGUCUUGGUCCAGCCUGUUAAUGUAAAUUAGUUUAAUUGUGAAUAUUUUACUGCCAAGUCUGACCUAGAGGAAUGAUGCUUUUUUUUAUUUUUUUUUAUUAACUUUUAAAUUAACUUUCAGGUGCUGUUUUUGGUUUAGCAAGAGCAGAGAGAUAUACAACAGUGAAUACCUUUUGCUCUUACCUGACCAGGAUGCUUGUGCAUUUAAGGUAGCAGUGACAAUUUUUCACAUUAAAACACUGAAAUGUUUCA